UAUUAUUUUAUUAUUAUUAACAUACCCACACACAUAAUACAGGCUUACAUGCACACAUACAGUAGGCUACACCAGUCAUUGAGGAGAGGUAUAGAUGUCGAUGUAGGAUACAUUUGGAAAAUAUUAGGCUGUUAUUCCAGUGAUUUCAAUUUCAAUUAUUUCUGUAGCUUGAGAUUUUAGUAAUGGCAUGAUAACUGCAUAACAUAUGUAAGCCUUAAUAUGGGACGACAAGCCAGUGAUGUAUUUGUUUGUUUUCUUCCCUCAAGCAAGAAGGAUAGCCUAGUUCCCUAAAUUGAUGAAGUCCUAAUCGUUUUAAUGCCAUCCUCUUGCAUACCUGUGCGUACUUGUUUAUCCUCCUGGGGCACUCUUAACAUGAGUUGGAAUUGAUUGCAUCAAGAUAAUGGAGGCCUAUCCCUUUCUGUCCAACCUUAUCUAUCUCUUUGUUUCUGUUAUUACCCCUCACCCCAGUCUUUUUCUCUUCCCCUCUCUGUUUCUAUCUCCCUCUCUCUCUCUCUCUCAUGCGGUUGACUGCGCUUUAGUGGAGAGCUCUUUAGUGGAGAGAUGUGUGCAGUCAGCGAUGGCUUUGCCAGUUGCCGUGCUGAUGUGGCAGUUUGCACCCUGCAUUUUCCAACUCCAUGGAUACCAGGGAAUUUAGGAGGGGGUGUCCCUGGCGCGUGCCAACAGUAACUCCUUUGCUCAUCGUGGGGAGCUCCGCCAGGCCAAGAGGAUUGUGGUCAAACUGGGGAGCGCCGUGGUAACCCGGGGUGACGAGUGCGGCCUGGCGCUGGGCAGGCUGGCCUCCGUCGUGGAGCAGGUGGCCAUGCUACAGAACCAGGGCAGAGAGAUGAUGAUCGUCACCAGCGGUGCGGUGGCCUUCGGCAAGCAGAGACUGAGGCACGAGAUCCUGCUCUCCCAGAGUGUCCGACAGGCCCUGCACUCUGGACAGAAUCAGCUCAAAGACAUGUCAGUACCAGUUCUGGAGGCGCGGGCCUGUGCGGCAGCUGGACAGAGUGGCCUGAUGGCCCUGUAUGAGGCCAUGUUCACGCAGUAUAGCACAUGCACUGCACAGGUCCUAGUCACCAACUUGGACUUCCACGACGACCAGAAGCGGCGGAACCUAAACAGCACACUGCAGGAGCUGCUCCGCAUGAACAUUGUGCCCAUCAUCAACACCAACGACGCCGUGGUGCCCCCACCCGAGCCCAACAGCGACCUCCAGGGGGUAAACGUCAUCAGUAUAAAGGACAAUGACAGUCUGGCUGCACGCCUGGCCGUGGAGAUGAAGGCAGACCUGCUCAUCGCUCUCUCUGACGUAGAAGGACUGUACGACAGCCCUCCUGGAACGGAUGACGCCAAACUCAUUGACAUCUUCUACCCUGGUGACCAGCAGUCGAUCACCUAUGGGACAAAAUCCAGGGUGGGGAUAGGAGGCAUGGAGGCAAAGGUAAAGGCUGCCCUGUGGGCCUUACAGGGGGGCACAUCAGUAGUCAUCGCCAACGGCACCCACCCCAAGGUGACGGGCCACGUGAUCACUGACAUCGUGGAGGGCAAGAAAGUGGGCACCUUCUUCUCCGAGGUCAAACCUGCCGGCCCCACCGUGGAGCAGCAGACUGAGCUGGCCCGGAACUCAGGCAGAACCCUGGCAGCCCUGCACCCAGACCAGAGACGUGAGAUCAUCUGUUACCUGGCGGACCUGCUGGUUGAGAAGAAAGAGGAGAUCCUUGCUGCUAACAAGGUGGACAUGGACCUAGCAGUCAAUGCAGGCCAGUUGUCGUCAGCCCUGCUCAAUCGUCUGAGCCUGUCCCCGGCCAAGCUAAACAGCCUGGCUAUAGGUCUGAGACAGAUAGCUGUGGCCUCUCAGGACAGUGUGGGCAGAGUGCUGCGUAGGACCAGAGUAGCCCACAACUUAGAGCUGGAGCAGAUCACUGUGCCCAUAGGAGUACUGCUGGUCAUCUUCGAGGCCCGCCCCGACUGCCUGCCACAGGUAUCAGCUCUAGCCAUAGCCAGCGGUAAUGCUCUGCUGGCGAAGGGGGGUAAGGAAGCAGCCAACACCAACCGCGUCUUACAUGAGCUGACCCAGGAAGCACUGGACAUCCACGGGGUCAAAGAGGCUGUACAGCUGGUGAGUACCCGUGAGGAGGUGGAGGACCUGUGUAGACUAGAUAAGAUGAUAGACCUGAUCAUCCCGCGAGGCUCUUCCCAGCUGGUCAGGAACAUCCAGAGAGCAGCCAAGAGCAUCCCAGUGCUGGGCCACAGUGAGGGCAUCUGCCACGUCUACAUCGACUCAGAGGCCACCAUCGACAAGGUCAUCAAGAUCGUCAGAGACUCUAAAUGUGACUACCCUGCGGCCUGCAAUGCUAUGGAAACGCUGUUGGUGCACAGGGACAUCCUCAGGACCACUCUGUUUGACCAGAUCAUAGACAUGCUCCGCACCGAACGGGUGAAGAUCCACGCUGGCCCCAGGUUCGCCUCCUACCUGACCUUUAGCCCAUCGGAGGUCAAGUCUCUGAGGACAGAGUACGGGGAUCUGGAGUGCUGCAUCGAGGUGGUGGACAGCAUGCAGGAGGCUAUAGAUCAUAUCCACAGAUAUGGCAGCUCCCACACCGACGUCAUUGUUACCGAAAACGAGGACACAGCGGAGCAGUUCCUGCAGCAGCUGGACAGUGCUUGUGUGUUCUGGAACGCCAGUUCACGAUUCGCAGAUGGAUACCGCUUCGGACUGGGUGCUGAGGUGGGCAUCAGUACAGCUCGUAUCCAUGCCCGGGGUCCCGUGGGCCUGGACGGUCUCCUCACCACCAAGUGGGUCCUGAGAGGAGACGGUCACACCGCAGCAGACUUUUCUGAACACGGCACCAUGAAGUACCUCCACGAGAACCUGCCAGUUACACAGCCACAGCCCAGACAGAUGGCUGCCCAGAGUGAGGACUGACAGGGGAGGUCCACAUAGAGACACACUCAACCACUUCCCAGAGAGAGAAGCUAUCCCCUGCUACCAAAAAAACACUCCCGUUGUCUUAUUCAUUCAGUCUGGAUCAGAGUUUACAUCAAUUUUAAUUCUACCUCGGCUCUCAAAAGUUUAAUUGCGGUGUUUACCUCACUCAGUAUUCCAGUCGCUGCUUGUUCAUGGGCCCUGCCUGUGACCAAGCAGUGAAUCAACUCAUUAUUGGUAACAUUGACCCUGUUGGACUGUAGAAGGUCUCACAUCCUUGGUUCAGACCUUAAUUGGUGUAGAAGAUCUUAUGCGCAAUAGUGAUGAGUUUGGUACGUAUGCUCUCCAGGACCCACACUUAAUGGGAAUUUUCGCUUAAGCUAGUUUACAUCAGAGUUAUUAUCACUAUCAAGAGGUUUCCCCCUUGGUUUUAGUUCCUGUUGAUUGGUCUGUUGUGCUAUACACUUAUGAAUGGCUGCUCAAUCAGGUGAGACCCUUACCCUCAAAGUAUUGAUUUGGUCUCACACAAGAGACUAACAUUUACAUUUAGUCUAAUUGAUUGAUUGAUUGAAUUUAUUAGAUAUAAGGGCACUCCAGCCGGUGACGCCUCCACAUACAAUUGAAGAAAAUCAUCAAGGAUAACACAAUAAAGUUUAAAAGCUUAUUUCCAUUGUGGUCCUUCAAUUAGAAGUGAUACAAUUGCACAACCAAACAGUGUUUAUGCUUGGUUUAAGGCUAAACCUAAUUUGGGAGAGGUACUGAUGUGUCAUUAAAUAGUGCUUGAAGUAUAGGUCUUCAUGGUCACAAAUUGUAUGAAUUGCUAUUAACAUUACUACUGCAAUCCUUAUUUAUAUGCAGUUAAAUGACUAGUGAUUAACCACUGGAUAAACAAUAUUUAAUAGUCUUAAAUGUCUUAUAAUAAAAAUAUGAGAUGAAUGAAUAAGAAAGAAAUUGAUCUGAUCUGAUUCAUAAGCAUUCAAGUUAGAUUUUAUAUAUAAGACUUUAUGUUCUUCUUUUGAAUACAAAUGAUUUAUUCUCCUGCUUUUGCUUUUUUCAUGAUGUCUAUUUAUGUGGAAUUUACAGUGCCCAGAGCCUCUGUCAGAAACAAGAGCAGUAAUUGACAAGCUGCUUCCCAUCUCAUCCGAGGGACUACUGCCUUAAGAUACAGUGCUGCUGUAACAUUCCAGCUUAUGAGCUUUAUAUCUGAUGUCAAGUAACGCACACUACAGAUCAGUUCAAGUGUUUAGUAAUUUAUAGACCGUAUUGGAAAAUAAAAGUUUUUGUUGAAUAUUAA